AAGAAUGCGUCAGCCGGAAGUGGCGCCGAGACCCGAACAUGGCGGCCGCCCGAUCCCUGCGCUGGGGCCUGAGCGGAGUCCGAGCCUGGCUGCUCCUGUCACCCGUGCGCUGCCCGCGCCGGGCUGUGCACAAGCAGGUAGACGGCACCGAGUUCCGGAGCAUCUACAGCCUAGACAAGCUCUACCCCGAAUCCCGGGGUUCGGACACUGCCUGGAGGGUGCCGGAUGAUGCAAAGCAAGCCAGCAAUGAUAUUCCUCUAGAUCGCUUGACAGUAUCUUAUUGUCGGAGUAGUGGUCCUGGGGGCCAGAAUGUUAACAAAGUGAAUUCCAAGGCUGAAGUCAGGUUCCACUUGGCAACUGCUGAUUGGAUUGCAGAGCCUGUGCGGCAGAAAAUGGCCAUCACGCAUAAAAAUAAGAUCAACAGGUCAGGGGAGUUGAUACUCACCUCUGAGUGCAGCCGCUAUCAGUUCCGAAAUUUGGCAGAUUGCCUACAGAAAAUUCGAGACAUGAUCGCUGAGGCCAGCCAACCAGCCAAAGAGCCAUCCGAAGAAGAUGGUGUACUGCGGAGAAUCAGGAUAGAAAACAUGAAUCGGGAAAGACUGAAAAAAAAGAGAAUAAAUUCUGCUAUUAAGACAAGCAGGAGGGUAGAUGUGGACUGAAAUCAUCCUCCGGAGCUGGCCAAGACCCUCUUCAGGGCAUCCAGGCAGCUGGAAGCUGGAGGGCUUUACCACUAUCGGGAGAAUUCUGUGUUGUUUUGGUUGUCGCUGAUCUCCAGCGUGGAAGGCAUCAAGGGAACACUCACGUGGAAUGAGGGUCUCUGGUGCUAGUUGGCAAAGGUCUUUAUAGACAAUCACAUGUUUUCAAACCUACCUUAUUCAUUUAAUGUAUUAGCUGCAAUAAAAGUCUAAACACCC